CAGCCGGAGCUCCGAGUACUCGCAGUCCGUAGACGAACGCUGCAAUAUUCGUUUCUCGUUCACACCGCGAAGAACCGUGCCGUCGACGAUGACCCGCGAUAACGUGACGCUACUCUCGUUUAUUUCCUUUCUCCUCUUCUCUGGAUUGUACAACGUCGAAGGAGAGCUCAUCCAGUGGCGGCCGUGUCCUUAUCCCAACGCUGCUACUGCAUCGAAUUGUACGAUACAUGAAGUGUACGUAGACCCGUGUGAAGACGCUGCAAGUGGCAAACCAUGUAACUUCAAAAGGGGAAUCUCCGCGAACAUGACAUUCCAUUACACGCCUUCAUUCUCGUCAGAGAGCAUACAGGGUGGAAUAUAUUGGACUAUCGAUUCGAUAGACAUCCCAAUUCUGAGCGUGCGUUCCAACCCUUGCUCAUUGACCACCUGCCCCCUCGAGGCUGGCCAGAAGAACAUAUACCACUUGGAAACGACUGUGAGAAGAUAUCCACUCCGAGAGUAUGAUUUAAAAUGGAGAAUCUGGAACGAUCAGCAGGAAGAGUGUUGUUUCAUAUAUCAAAUUACAAUAACUAGAUAAGAAACAUUGUAACAGUAAUAACUCGCGGACGAUAAUAAAAAGAUUACAUUUCGAUUAUUUUACUCAA